AUGGAUUAUUACGGAAACUAUUACGUAAAAGAUUUUAAUUACAUAAGUCAUGAAGCCUUAAAAGUGAACAGUAAUUAUUAUAAGUGUAAGAGACAAGGAAAAUUAUCCAUGAUGAACUUGUGGCUGAUUGAAGUCAUGGCGGGACUCAAGCAAUUCUUCUACGGUGGCACCUUACAUGGAGUGAAGUACAUCUUCGAGCCCACAUUCAGCAGUAAGGAGCGUGCCACCUGGAUCCUCAUCGUGGUGAUAAGCGUCGCCUUCUGCGCCAUCAACAUCAUCAAGCUGUUCUGCAAGUGGACCUCCACGCCCUUCGUCAACGUCAUCGACUCGUUGCCCACGCCCAUAUGGGCCGUGCCCUUCCCAACAGUGGUGCUGUGCCCACAUCUGCACGUGAAGCAGUCGUACGCUAAUGUCUCGAAACUGGGCCGUUUGGAGGAGUUCUUCGCGUCGUUAGUUUGCCCGCGUAUGUUGUUUAUGAACAAGACAUUGACGCAACGGCUGAGUGCUAAGGAAACCGACCAAUUACAAAUGUUUAUUUUGAAUGGUGCCCUGUCCUGCUCCGAUAUCGUCAAGAGCUGCAACUGGCCGGCAGCCCACGAAACCAGAUGGGUAACCACUGAAUGCUGCCAAAAAUAUUUCCGGCCUAUAUUCACGGAUUACGGAUUGUGCUAUGCAUUCAAUAGCCUCCCGAUGAAUGGAAUGAAGAACGACACACUAUCUUGGCAGAGGAGUUUCAACAGACAGGCUACUCCUGCCGCUCUGGAGUGGGGUCUAGACGAGGGGUACCCCAAGGUGUUCCCUCCAGACCCCUCCAUCAAGCCCUAUAGAGUCAUGGUCUCCGGGGAGAACUACGGUCUCAGCGUAGAGCUGUAUUUGAAUAUCAGUGAACAUCAACACGCUUGUGAUGGCAACAGCCUCGGGUUUACUGUACUGAUCAAAUCACCUACGAACCACGUGUACACUUCUACAGUCCUCCGGUUGCCAAUGGACAGAAUGACCACUAUAGAAGUGUCACCCGUCACAUACAAGACAGACGCAGCUCUGAGGACUUUAAAUCCGGAGCAGAGGCAGUGCUUCUUUCAAAACGAGAGGCAGCUGGAGUACUAUCAGUUCUACACGGGCAGCAAUUGCAAACACGACCUCUUCGUGACGGAAUCGAAGAGGAUUUGCAAUUGCACGCUUUUCAAUUGGCCACGGAAAAGCGCUUCGGGUCCUAUUUGUUCAACCGAUAUGGACUUUAAGUGUAUCGAUUAUGUUAAAGGCAAAGUAGAAGAACAGCAAAUAUACGCUUAUUACGCGGAGAGCGAGGAAGGCAAGAGCUCCGAGGAGCCCAUGUCAUGCCAUCCAUCAUGCAAUGACGUCAUCUAUGACAGCCAAGUAUUCUACUCCGACCUGAUCAAGGAACCGGGGGACCCUUCACCGGUGUGGGGAUAUCCUAGGAAAGGCGAGCUGACGCAAAUCAACGUGCAUUUUUACGAGGACCUGUUUCUGGGACAACACCGACACGCCCAGUAUGACGACUAUUACUUUGCUGGUGCCAUCGGUGGUCUUCUGAGCCUGUUCCUGGGCUUCAGCAUCAUCAGCGUCGCCGAACUGGUGUACUUCAUCCUACUGCGACCUUUACACAGGGUUGCUAAAGAAGCUUACUGUAGAUUCAUAUAA